GCGGCGGUGGCGCGGCGCGGCCAUCCCCGGGCGCUGCAUCGCUGCGUGCGCGGAGCCGCCCGCUGCAGCCGGCAGGAUGAUCGCCGCCCAGCUCCUGGCCUACUACUUCACGGAGCUGAAGGAGGAUCAGGUCAAAAAGAUUGAUAAAUACCUUUACGCCAUGCGGCUCUCAGACGAAACGCUGAUAGACGUCAUGGCUCGCUUCCGGAGGGAGAUGAAGAACGGCCUCUCCAGGGACUUCAACCCAACAGCUGCAGUGAAGAUGCUUCCUACGUUUGUCAGGUCCAUUCCUGAUGGGUCAGAGAAAGGAGAUUUCAUUGCACUGGAUCUUGGGGGUUCUUACUUCCGAAUCCUGCGGGUGAAGGUGUCGCAUGAGAAGAAGCAAACGGUGCAAAUGGAAAGUGAAAUUUAUAACACCCCUGAAGAUAUCAUGCACGGCAGUGGGACUCGGCUUUUUGAUCAUGUUGCUGAGUGCCUGGGAGACUUCAUGGAGAAACAACAAAUCAAAGAUAAGAAACUGCCAGUUGGGUUUACGUUUUCUUUCCCCUGUCGACAAUCCAAGCUGGACGAGGGUAUUCUGAUAACCUGGACAAAGCGGUUCAAAGCCAGCGGAGUGGAGGGAGCAGACGUUGUGAGGCUGCUUAACAAGGCCAUCAAGAAACGUGGGGACUAUGACGCAGACAUCAUGGCCGUGGUGAACGACACCGUGGGGACAAUGAUGACCUGCGGCUUUGACGACCAGCGCUGCGAAGUUGGCUUGAUCAUUGGCACCGGCACCAAUGCCUGUUACAUGGAGGAGAUGCGGCACAUCGACCUGGUGGAAGGCGACGAGGGCAGGAUGUGCAUUAACACGGAGUGGGGGGCCUUUGGAGAUGAUGGCUCCCUAGAGGACAUCAGGACUGAGUUUGAUCGAGAGAUUGACCGUGGAUCCCUUAAUCCUGGGAAGCAGCUGUUUGAGAAGAUGGUCAGUGGGCUGUACAUGGGGGAGCUGGUAAGGCUCAUCCUGGUGAAGAUGGCCAAGGAGGGGCUGCUCUUUGAGGGAAGAAUCACCCCUGAGCUUCUCACCAAAGGGAAGUUUGAGACAAAGCACGUUUCUGCCAUAGAAAAGAGCAAAGAAGGUUUGAACAAAGCCAAAGAAAUUCUGACGCGCCUGGGGGUGGAGCCAUCUCACGAGGACUGCAUCGCCGUCCAGCACGUCUGCACCAUCGUGUCCUUCCGCUCAGCCAACCUGGUAGCCUCUACCCUGGGUGCCAUCCUCAACCAGCUGCGGGACAACAAAGGGGUCGGCCGCCUCCGGACCACUGUGGGUGUCGAUGGCUCCCUCUACAAGAUGCAUCCACAGUACGCCCGGCGCCUGCACAAGACCACCCGGCGCCUGGUGCCCGACUCGGAGGUGCGGUUUCUGCUGUCCGAGAGCGGCAGCGGGAAGGGAGCAGCCAUGGUGACGGCCGUGGCCUACCGGCUGUCGGAGCAGCACCGCCUCAUCGAUGAGACCCUGGCCGAGUUCAAGCUCACCCACGAGCAGCUGCUGCAGGUGAAGAAGAGGAUGAGGGCAGAGAUGGAAGCGGGGCUGAAGAAGAAGACUCACGAGACUGCCAAAGUGAAAAUGCUGCCCACUUUCGUCCGCAGCACGCCCGACGGGACAGAGAAUGGAGACUUUCUGGCGCUCGACCUUGGAGGAACAAACUUUAGGGUUUUGCUGGUGAAAAUCCGCAGCGGUAAAAGGAGAACAGUUGAGAUGCACAACAAGAUCUAUGCCAUUCCCAUAGAGGUGAUGCAGGGAACAGGAGAAGAGCUGUUUGAUCACAUUGUUACCUGCAUUUCUGACUUCCUGGAUUACAUGGGGAUAAAAGGAGCACGUCUUCCUCUUGGCUUCACGUUUUCCUUCCCUUGCAAGCAGACCAGUCUGGAUGCUGGUAUCCUUCUCAACUGGACAAAAGGCUUCAAAGCUACAGACUGCGAAGGAGAAGACGUAGUGUAUUUGCUUAGAGAAGGAAUUAAGCGAAGAGAGGAGUUUGACUUGGAUGUGGUGGCUGUGGUGAAUGAUACAGUGGGCACAAUGAUGACUUGUGCCUAUGAAGACCCAAACUGUGAAAUCGGACUCAUUGUGGGAACUGGCAGCAAUGCCUGCUACAUGGAAGAGAUGAGGAACAUAGAGAUGGUGGAUGGUGAUCAAGGCCGGAUGUGUGUGAACACCGAGUGGGGAGCGUUCGGGGACAACGGCUGCCUGGAUGACAUCAGGACAAUAUAUGACAAAGCAGUUGAUGACUACUCACUAAAUGCUGGAAAGCAAAGGUAUGAGAAAAUGAUCAGUGGGAUGUACCUGGGGGAGAUAGUCCGCAACAUUUUGAUCGACUUCACCAAGCGGGGCUUCCUGUUCAGAGGCCAGAUUUCAGAGACACUCAAGACCAGGCAUAUCUUUGAAACCAAGUUCCUUUCUCAGAUUGAGAGUGACAGGUUAGCCUUGCUGCAGGUGCGAGCCAUCCUCCAGCAGCUGGGCCUCAACAGCACCUGCGAUGACAGCAUCAUUGUCAAGACCGUGUGUGGGGCGGUGUCGAGGCGAGCAGCUCAGCUGUGUGGUGCAGGAAUGGCUGCUGUUGUAGAUAAAAUUAGGGAGAACAGAGGAUUAGAGCACCUGGAGAUAACGGUUGGUGUGGAUGGGACUCUCUACAAACUACAUCCACACUUCUCAAGGAUCAUGCACCAAACUGUCAAAGAGCUGGCACCCAACUGCGACGUGACCUUCCUGCUGUCGGAGGACGGCAGCGGGAAAGGGGCAGCGCUCAUCACAGCGGUGGGAUGCAGGCUUCGCGAUGCCGAGCAGAACUGAACUCCACGACCCCUGGCCCCCGAUUCUGUCUUGUGAGCACUUUCUCAUAAAGCAGCGACUGCGUAGUCAGAACUGGUAAAAACCCAGAACUCACUGCUUUAUCGGGGAAAAACAGAAUACAACUAAUGACAUAAAAAAAACCUAGGAUACAAGAUAGAAUGUGUGCUGUUAAUAAUAUCUCCUGUUCCUGGACCCCAAUCUGCAUGUUUCUUCUUCACCUUGUUGGUACCUUCCCCAUCUGUAGGUCAACAACAAAAAACCCCACAAAAAAAAACAAAAA